AUGCCGGGCGUGUAUGAGAAACCUCCGAAACGGUCGGAGCUUUUGAAGGAGGUCUCAUUUAUUCUCUCUUUACUUAAGCGAAACCAAAAAGAUGGGGACUGGUCGGAAGUGAUGAACACGGGCGUGCCUAUGCUCUUGGAUCUCUUUGCGGCAGAGAGGUCCAAGGCGCGCUCGGAAGCAUCCGCUGAGAAAGAGAAACAGGAAAGAGAGAGAGAAGAGGGGCAGGAAAAUGGCAGAAAGAACGAAAGGCCGUUGUCCGAGCUCGAGGCCAGAAAGGAGAAGGAAGUUGCAGAGGUGUUUUUUGUCGGCGGUGUGCACGCGGAGUUUUGCGAUAUUCUAAAGGUCGCCGGCCAUAGGAAUGACACCGGCGAUGUCAUGCCUAUCCUGGCGGUCAGUCGCAUGGCUGCAGUGUUCGACGCUGCACAUUGCCGGGUCUUGACAGAGGGUCUGCAACGUCUCAAAGUCCUCUGGGCGGAUCCGAAAGGUCUGACUCACGUGGCGCAGACCCUUGCAUCCGUAGCGCUCUUCGGCCUCGGCCCUCCUCUUGUGUCCGCGUUGAUUCCUGCCUCUCUGCUGUGGGUUGGAGCGUCGAACCUCAUUCGAGAAACACGGUGCCCCUGCUCGCCCUGUGAACUCCAGCGGCGACUGCUCAAAAUAAGCCGAAACAGGGAUGAAAUCGGCGUUGUACAGGCAGCGAAGGAUAAAAAACAAAUUUGCAUGUCGCUUGUGCGAGGGGGAGGCCCCGGCAUCCUUCGAGAGAUUUUUAGAACAGUAGCGUCGAUGAGACGAAGAACCGGUCCCUCUGAUUCACCCGUCAGUGAAGAGCAAACCGUUUGUGAGGGCCAAACCGGAGCGCAGGACCACUGCUACCUCGACCAGGCACUUCAGUUUGCCUCAUGGACGCUCUUGCUGUGUUCAUGGCCAUACGAAGAACUUCACAGCGGCGAAAGCAUUUUGGAGUUUGAUAACCAAUCUUUGUUAAACACUAUCCUGGAUUGUUUCCCAGUAAACGACCACGGUUUCCUGGAUUCAGUUUCUUCGUUAAACCUUCCGGGGGCAAGCUCUCUCCUCUCGGUAACCCUACACUUACUUCUGAGGUUACCAGCAAAGACGCGUGCACCGCUCGCUCGGAAGGUGAACGUCAUCUUUCGACAGGUGCUGGAGCAUUUAUCUCGAAAUAUCGCAGCUAGAGAUCCAUAUACUGUCUCCGGGAAGUUCUUCGCCAACUAUGCGGAUAUUGUUCCCUCUGACCCCCCUCAAACGACAGACAGCGCCACAGAAGACGUCAACCAGGAUGCCCACGAAGAACAGCGAAUCACCGACGCACGACCAACAGUCGAGAUUUUGUUGCUGACUCCGCUAUUCAUGGGACUGCUGCAAUCAACCUUUUCUGAGCAAAACCAUGACAGCGCUUCUCGGGGCAAGGCUACUUCCGUUCAAGUUCCUAGCCAUGCCACGGUCAGCAGUGACGCACCCGAGACUGACCAGGACGGUGGCACGGAGGGGCUCAGAACUCAGGCACUGGUCACUGUGGGUAUCGCGGCUUGCCAAUCACUCAUCGACAUGUACGAGUAUUUGCGACCGCUUCUGAGCACAUGGAAUGGUCUUGACUCACGCUGUUCUUUCGUACAAUUCAAAGGCCCCUUGACGCCGGAGAUAAAGAAACCGUUUCUGCCAUCAAGGGAAUGUCUGCCCCCUUGCACAGCUGUUAGUCUGAUGCCCGGAUUCGACUUUCGGGGUUUCUACUAUAGCCUCGUCAGUGCCAUGCUGACGUUACUGGGAGGCAUGCGGCUACACUCCUUACCAGUGAGACGCUGGAGAUUUGCUGAGAAUCCCGCAGCGAAAGCCGGCGGGUCGGCAGCUGUUGGCGGCCUUGCGUCAGCGGCAAGGAAACUUCUAGAUUUUCAGAAAAAGGAGUUGACGGAGGGGUGUUCCUACAUCAAGAGCGCUGCAGCCAUCGUUAUUAUGCGUGCUGAGCAAGCGUCUGCUCUGCUGCUGAGGGAAGAAGCACACCUCAAGGCAGGCAAUCUGAGUACAGUUGUUGACGACGAGGCAGUUGACGAAGAGUGUGGCACCACCAUAAAUGAAGACUCUGGCUCCGGUAAAAGCAGCGAACUUUUCCCAAGCGAGUCAGCCUGCCUCUCGAGGGAAAAGAAAGAAUGCAUGGGGAGAGAUCUUCUGGGAGAUCCCACAGAAGACAGGCAUGAGGCGUCAAACAGUGUAGAACGCUGCCGAUCCGCCUGCUGA